AUGAGAAGAUUGAGACAUCGCGACCGAGAAUCUCCCCUCACAGAGGAUGACGACAAGGGCCACGACAGUGACGGUGACGUGUGGGAGGAAGAUGGCGGAACCUCAUUAAUCCUAGCCGUGGAGGAGGGUCAUGAGGCUCUAGUUCUCCUGCUCCUCGAUAAUGGGGCCGACAUAUCUGCAACCCAGGCACACGGCGUGACGGCGCUCCACGCGGCAGCUCGAUCCGGUCAUAGUAGGCUUGCGGAGAUGUUGAUCUCGAGAGGUAUUGAUAUCUCAACAAAGGACGAAAUGGGGAAAACCGCGUUGCACCACGCAGCAAGGUGGGGACAAGCAGAAACAGCGCAGAUAUUAUUGAAAAGCAAAGCGAAUCCACUUGCCGAGGACCAUGAAGGUAACACAGCAGUCCAUGAAGCUGCGGUGAGCGGGCACGAGGAAGUUCUAAAGCUAUUGCUCGAACACGUGGGCAAAGGGGAUGAGACCGAGCAAUUGCUCGCGACUACACGACUCCGUCGGGCAGUCGACCAGGCAGAAAAGGACGAAGUGAGGUCCUUGCUGGAAAAGGGAGCAGAUCCCAAUUUAGUUUCCCAAACAGAUCUGCCCCUGUUGCACCUCGCUAUUGCGCGCGAGGACGACGACGUGCUGCAACCCCUAUUGACCAACAAGGCCAGCGUCAGUAUGAAAGACCGUUUCGGAAGGACUCCUUUGCACUGGGCAGCCUGUAGAGGCUACGACGUUGGCGUUCGACUCCUCCUUGAGCACGGUGCUGAUAUCCGAGCGGCAGAUACAGAUGGGGCAACACCACUCCAUUGGGCAACAACAUAUGGAAAUGCUACGGUAGUGAAGCGAUUGCUCGACAAUGGAUCGCCACUGGAUAUGAAAGACAAGAAUGAACAAACAGCGCUAGCUUGGUUGUUCAAACCAUUCUAUAAUAACUACCAUUAUUUUAUGGUUCGCGGCGGUGACGGUCUGCCCGAAGAGGAAAGAGAAGAUGAGGAACAAAGGGCUAAAAGAUAUCUGGACAUUCUUGAGCUCCUCAUCGAAAGGGGAGCAGAUCUAAAUGAGCCUCUGCCAUACUGGGGCAGCAUUCUGCCAUUGGCAGCCUGUUCCCACCAGGGGCUGACCAGAUUAGCUCUACUGCGGCGAGUUAUCGAAGCCGGGGGAGAUGUGGCAGCACAGACCGAGGAUGGCACGAGUUCGUUGUAUCUGGCAGCAAGUGAUGGCGAAAUAGAGGCUGUACGACUUCUCCUGAAGCAUGGAGCCGACCCCAAUCAGGGAAAUAAGCGUCAUAUAUUCAUUCUUGGUCGACCUGAACACCAUGGGCAUGGCAUGACAGCACUUCACUAA